AUGGCUAGGCAUGUGACUAGAGUUGCUGAUGGCUAUGUUGACAUCUAUGCAAGGAUGCCAGACAAUGCCGCAUUUGACAGUGAUGAAGAAGAAAAUGGAGUAGAGAAUCAAGUAGAGCAUCAAGUUGAUCAUGGACAUCAUCAAGUACAGGAUCAAGUAGAGCAUCAGGUUGAGCAUCAAGUUGAUCAUGGACAUCAUCAAGUACAGAAACUGCCAGUUGUGAGGGCACCAAUUAAGGGCAAAGGCAAGGAGAAUAUAAAGAGCAGUGCACAUGAAGAAGAAGAUUGUGGAGAGAGCUCAGACAGUGACUACGAUGGUGUCCAUGAAGUAGAUAGUGAGGAUAGCAGUGCAGAUGAUGAUGAGGCAAUCUGUUACCGACAACAAGCAUUGGAGUUGAAGAAUAGAGUGAGAAGAAAAAUGUUGGGAGAGGAUGAGGUGAAAACAACAAAGGUUCCUGAAGAAUUCAUUGUUCCAGAAAACAUGAAGCUAGAUCAAGAUGAUGGCAGUGAGUGCUUCAACAGCGAAGAUGAACUGUCAUAUGAUGAAGACAGUGAUGGAGAAGGAAAUGUGAGAACAAGGAGGACAAAACACAGAGUUUAUGAUGAGAAUGCAGAUGUGAAAGAGUUUGAGCUUGGGCAGGUUUUCCAUGAUAGCAGAGAAUUCAAACAAGCCGUAGUCAAUUAUGGAUUAAAGCAUUCCCAUCACUUGUUAUUUCCAAAGGAUGAGAGAAACAGAGUGUCGGCGAUAUGCAGUUGGCCAUCUUGCAAAUGGAGAAUUUACGGCUCACUUGUUCCCAAUAGGUCACAAUGGUUCACUGUGGGUGUGUACAACAAUGUACAUACUUGCUUACCAAUAAGGAACAACAGGCUGGUUACUAGUACAGUAAUUGCAGAGAAAUAUUUUAGGGAGAUCAAGGAUAACCCUGGUUGGAAAAUAGAGAAGAUGCAAGAGGCUGUGUUAGAAGAAUGUGAAAAGAUCAAAUAUCUGCCAAGUUUCACUGUCAACUUGGAGAGACAAACAUGCAGUUGCAGAUAUUGGGAUCUAUCUGGUUUGCCAUGUUGCCAUGCUAUAAGUGCUAUCUACACUGUACACAAGGACUUGGAUGAUUUCAUUGCUCCAUGUUACAGGAUAGAUGUGUAUGACCAGGAAGGCCUAAGACAGAGAGAAGAAGGGAAGAGCAGGAGAAGCCUAAAGGCAACAAAUUGUCAAGAAAAGGCUGCAUUCAAAGAUGCUCAAUGUGUGGCUCCGAAAACCAUAACAAAAGAAAGUGCAAUGGUAAUCCAGAUGUUGUGA